CUGCCUGUGGUCCCUGGUGUCCCCGAACCAUCACCUCCAAAGGCUGCCGCUCUGUGACCAGGCGUGGCCCCGAGGAGGAUGCCUCGGCCACCUGCCCGCUCCCGUCUGCACCAUGGGGGAUGAGCGGCGGCUGCCUGGCAGUGCGGUGGGCUGGCUGGCAUGUGGGGGCCUCUCCCUGCUGGCCAACGCCUGGGGCAUCCUCAGCGUGGGCGCCAAGCAGAAGAAGUGGAAGGCUCUGGAGUUCCUGCUGUGCACGCUUGCAGCCACCCACAUGCUCAACGUGGCGGUGCCCAUCGCCACCUACGCUGUGGUGCAGCUGCGGCGGCAGCGUCCCGACUACGAGUGGAACGAGGGCCUCUGCAAGGUCUUUGUGUCCACCUUCUACACCCUCACCCUGGCUACCUGCUUCUCCGUCACUUCCCUCUCCUACCAUCGCAUGUGGAUGGUCCGCUGGCCUGUCAACUACCGGCUGAGCAAUGCCAAGAAGCAGGCCGUGCACACGGUCAUGGGCAUCUGGAUGGUGUCCUUCAUCCUGUCGGCCCUGCCCGCCGUCGGCUGGCACGACACCAGUGAGCGCUUCUACACCCACGGCUGCCGCUUCAUUGUGGCUGAGAUCGGCCUGGGCUUCGGGGUCUGCUUCUUACUGCUGGUGGGCGGCAGCGUGGCCAUGGGCGUGGUGUGCACGGCCAUCGCCCUCUUCCAGACGCUGGCCGUGCAGGUGGGGCACCAGGCCGACCACCGCACCUUCACUGUGCCCACCAUCGUGGUGGAGGACGCGCAGGGCAAGCGCCGCUCCUCCAUCGACGGCUCGGAGUCGGCCAAGACCUCACUGCAGAUCACAGGCCUGGUGGCCACCAUCGUGGUCAUCUACGACUGCUUCAUGGGCUUCCCCGUGCUGGUGGUGAGCUUCAGCAGCCUGCGGGCUGACGCCUCGGCCCCCUGGAUGGUGCUCUGUGUGCUGUGGUGCUCCGUGACCCAGGCCCUGCUGCUGCCCGUGUUCCUCUGGGCCUGUGACCGCUACCGGGCUGACCUCAAGGCUGUCUGGGAGAAGUGCAUGGCCCUCAUGGCCAGUGACGAGGACUCGGACGACGAGACCAGCCUGGAGGGUAGCAUCCCUCCAGACCUGGUGCUGGAGCGCUCCCUGGACUACGGCUAUGGAGGUGACUUUGUGAGCCUGGACAGGAUGACCAAAUACGAGCUCUCUGCCCUGGAGGGGGGCCUGCCCCAUCUCUACCCACUUCGGCCCCUGCAGGAGGACAAGAUGCAGUACCUGCAGCCGACCAUUGACCCCACCAAGGUUAACCCUGACGCCGGCUGUCACCUGCCCCACGGCUCUCAGCUCCGAGCAGGCGGCGCUGGCCCCCGACCCGCAGACCGCCCCGGCCACGCCGCAGCGCAGCCCCGGCUAAAGCCCGCCGCGUCCUCGCAGGUCCAUCCGCGCGUGCGCACUUCGGGCCGUUGCAGGCCGACCUGAGCGCGUCGUGGGGCGAGCCCAGAGGCCUGCACGAGGCGGUCACUGGCGGCAGCACCAGCAGCUUCCUGAGCUCGCCCUCUGAAUCGUCGGGCUACGUCACGCUGCACUCAGACUCGCUGGGCUCUGCGUCCUAGCGUGCAGUCGCCAUGCCGUCCACAGGAACCACAGAAUCAAAGAUGCCCCCUCUGUCCCGCGUACUGCGCGCAAAAAUGUACCUCCCGACCCGGGCGUAAGGAAGCAGGGGCCUCGGCGGCUCACUUGGUUCCUUCCUGCUGCUGUUUCAUAGAGGGAUGAUGCCGGCCCUAGAGGACCACCCUAGGCACGAACCAGUUGGGCAUGGCAUGUCCUAGGCAGGGGGAGGCUGGCCUUGGCACUGCGCCCUCCGCAGCUGGGCCCGGGUGCAGCAGAGCUUGGGACAGGGCCAUCAUCAGAACAAACUCCACCUGGAGCUAGAAGCCGCUGGACUUCGCGCAGCUCUCCAACCUGCAGUGCCACACCCAGGGGCAUAGGGUUCAGGGAGUUCCUUUUAAGCACAGGGGUCUUCAGAGCCCAAACAUGCUCUCUGAGCAGGUCUUCAGGCCUGGGACCUGCUCUGCCUCAGUUUCCCCAUCUGUGAUGAGCAGGUGACAUGUUAUCUCAGGGCUGUUGGAAGAAGCCUCCUGGUCCAUGUAUGCUGGCCACUGAGUGGACCAGGUGUGAAAGUUAUUCUGAGGCCCUUUUGGGGUCCCUCGUGAAGGUCGUUCUACAGCAUGUGGCCCCUAUUCAGUGUCCCUUGCCCCCUUGGGGACUCACACUCCACCCCAGCUUAGCACAACACGUAUGCAGCCUCACCCGUGGCACCGUCCUGACCGUUAUCAGUGACUCCGUGUUUACUGCCCACCAUCCAUGCCUGUCCCCCAGCACGGUGGUCACCUCUCUGGCCCCCACCAUGAAGGCAGUGGGCCUCCUUAACAUCAGUGUCUGCUCCCACCCACACUCCCCACCCAUGCAGUCCUGGCCCCUGGCAAGGACCACCUGCCUCCCCUGCGGGACAACUGUCCCCCUUGGGCAGACCUGUUGCAGGCCUGGGCUCUGCCAUGGGCCUGGGUCUUCCCAGGCAAAGGAGAGGCCCAGGAGUAGCUGUGACGUCACGAUGGAGAAGCCCCGCAGACACGGUGCAGUGGCCCCUUCACGUGGUGAGCUGGAGUCAGUCUCAAGAGCAGCACAGAGCCACCCUGUGUCCACUCCCUCCGCCCUCUGUGGCCAGGCCCAUGUACUCUCCUCAAGUUCCGGAGGAAGCCAAGCUUCUGCAGGGUCCCUGGGGGCUGAGCUGGCCAUGGGCAAGCAGGCAGGGGUCCAGUCCCGGCAAGGGAGGGGCCGCCUCUGGCCGCUGUGCCUUUGAUGACCAGCCUGUCAGCCACCAGCUGGCCACUGACCUCCGCUCCCAAACUGGCCAAUUUGUCACCGUGAGUUUUCACUUUGUGUACUUGAUGUCCCAGGCAAUACUUGCGGGGGGACACUGUUCCCCCAAAUCACUCCAGCCCUGGUUUUAACAGGAUUUAGGGGACAGCCAGGGACUCUCCCACACUUUGUCCAGUCUCCAGGCCUAUUUGUAAAGCGCUUAGCUGGGGACUUUCUUGGGGGGAACUCGGUCUACACCCUACACCCAUCCCAAAGCCAGGGAUCCGUUUGUAGCUUUUUGACAACCUAGCAUUUCUCUGUACAGCACCCGAUAAAAACUUCCUUACGAUUUGCA